AUGUGGGUCCCUCGUCUGAUUUAUAGAGUCAGGAGUUUAAAUAGGAUACGUCCUAGGACCAUCCAGAAGUUUUACAGCUCAAGCAAUAAUCAAGACAAGGAUUUGGUACCCCGGGACAAUAAUGAAAUCAAAAAACAUAGAGAAGAGUCUUCGACAUCGCCAGCGUCUCCCGCUCCCAUGAACUCUGAUUCAAGGAUAGAAAAGCUCUUAAAGACAGAUAAUAAACCCUACAUCCCAAAAUUGAACCAUAAUCGCCUAAGCUAUGAAUACCCUGGUCUUCCUAACCAAGAUGAUUUCCCAAAGACGAUUAAUAAGACCAAAGUUGUUUCUCGUUGGUCGAGAUAUAUUCCUAAGAUCUUGAGUGCAGUUGUAGUUGUGUGGGGUAUAUACUCAAUUAAGGUAUGGAUCUAUGCUCCUGAAGAAGGCAGCGAUAGUCAAGAACUCUUGAGUCCGGCUAAGUUUCAUAAGUUUAUUGUCACUCACGUCGACGAUCUUGGUUCAGAUUGUUAUUUAAUUGAGCUAACUCCAAAAUUCAAUCAUUGGGUGUACAGCUAUGGUACAUCGGAAUCCGUCUGGAAUGGAGACAGGAUCUGGUCCGUAGAGGUAAAGCAGCCAGACAUAAAUGUUGUGAGGUCUUACACCCCUCUACCGUUGUAUUUCAUGAAAUCAGAAUAUACAAGAUCCGGUGAAAAGAAGCCAUUACUUCGUGUGGUGGAAAAUGAUUCACAGGACUGUGAUAAAGGUGGAGUUAUGUGCUUGUAUGUCAAGAAGUACGGCGAUGGUGAAGUUUCAAGGUAUAUUACUAGUAGAAAGAAUGGUGAUGAGCUCGAACUUCGUGGUCCACAUAUUGAUUAUAGAUUCCCAUUUCAUCCGGCCAAAAAGCUCUAUCAAAGACCCAUAUUUAGAGAUUUACCCUCAAAAGUGGAUGCGGAUCCUCUGAUAGACCUCAUAAAACAUGAACAUAAGCUACCGGAUAUUGAUAAUUUGUCUUUCUAUGCAGCAGGCACUGGUAUUGCUCCAAUUUUACAAGUUUUAUUGUCACGUAACCCUUACAGAGGAUUUGUGACGUUACAUUAUUCAGCAAAGAAACCUGGAGAAAUACUUGCGUUCGAGAGAUUUAUAUAUUUUCUAGAGAAAUUAGACAGAGCUAAGUUCAUCCCACAUUAUGAUUCCAUAAAAAACUCACAAUUGAGCUCGAAGGAUAUAAGCUCUCCUGAAAAACCUAACUACAUUAGCUCUAUGAGAGCAAGUGAGCAGAACCGUGAAACAACAGAAGAAUCAUUAAGGCUCCGAUUAAACAUCAUCAGUGGCGAGAAGAUGGCGGAAGAAAAGGUCACUCCUGCCAAAAAGGAAUCGCAAUACUUUUCAAAUGCCAUUGAUCAGGCAAUCGAAAGCAGCAAAACACCUAAAAAGGGAUCUAGUUUAGCAUUGGUGUGCGGUCCUGAUGGAUACAUUGACUUUUUAGCGGGGUGUAAAGGUGUAAAUGGAGAGCAAUAUCCAGUCGAAGGUCUUUUAGGAAAAAAAGGAUGGGAUGAAACAAAUGUUUAUAAAUUGUAA